CAAAACCAGUCAAAACACCGUGGACAUACCUCUGCUAUAAAACAGGAACAGUUUCAUGGACAGAGUAAGUGCGUUGGUUUUUUCUAAAAAGCUAUGAUGCCAAGUUUGGGAACAAAGAAGAGAGACACUCAGUCCAGGAUGGAUGGAUCUAGCCAGAACUUUCCAAAGCUGAGCAAUGAGAUGCAGCUGAGUCUCAUGAACAUGGUGAAGAGUGGAGAGUUAUCCAUCGAAGAGGCUCUGAAAAAGGCCAGGGAGGAACAGGUGCUCAAACCAAACAACCCCACGGAGGAGGAACAAGUGACCAAAACAUGUGAGGAACAGCAGCCCAGACAGUACAACUUUAGCAUUCACAAACACAGCCACUACAGGUGGCAGAAACGAGUUCUUCAGUUCGAUUUCAACACCAAAAUGCUGUGCAGCAUCGAGAAAGGCAUCGUCAAGCGCCACCUUCCCUUCUCUACUGUCAAGAGUUGUGAUGAUGGAGUGGGUUCCAGGUUCUCCAUUUCCUUUAAAGGACAUCACGAUUAUGAACUGGAGGCCACUUCACUGGAGGACAAACAUAAGAUUAUGCAGCUUGUCAAUCAGAUCAUUUAUGGGAAUAUAUACAGUGAUCCUGGAGAGGACAGUGCAGAAACGCACCAGCAGCCUCAAGCAUCACAGAGCAUCCGGGAGGGUAUCUUAUUACUGCACAGAGGAGGCCUGGCGUCAUUAAAAUGGGUGAAGUAUGAGGUCCAGCUGCACCCUGGACAGCUAACACUGGUUCCGUUCAGGCGGCGAGGCCCAGCCGACAGCGAGGUGACCCCCAUCGUCCCCGUGACCACUGUGAUUCACUUAUCAGACGGUGACACCAGUGUGGAGAAACCUUACGGCCCCGACACAUUCACUCUGAUCACCCACAAAAAUGAAUACCAGUUCAAGGUGCCUUCAGCAGAUGAGACGACUGCCCCUGGUGCUACCCAGAAGGAGCGGGACUCUUGGGUAAAAGCCAUUGACAAACUGUGCUCGGACUGGAAGAGAAAGUCCAAGAGUAGAUUCUCAUUUUCGGAAGCCAAAACGUUACAACAGCUCAGCAUACACGAAGACGCAGAAGACAACAAUACAAGUCUUCAAUCAGGUGGUGGAUUUGAUGAUGGAAGCAUCAUCGCUUCCAGCGGCGGGGAUCGUUUAUCCGGUGGUGAGACUAGUCAGACUCCUAUGUCAACAGUCCCUGUUCCUAAACCUCGCAGAGGUAAUAAGGCCGCUGCUCAAGUCACUGGACCUGAUCCUUUGCCCCCCGUCCCAUCACCAACGUCUCCCCGUGCUACCGUCUUGACAUCACCCACCUCCCCUCCUCCGUCACCCUGCCGUUCUCAGCCUGCAACCUCUUCCAUAGUCCCAGAGACUCUAACCCACGAACCAGGCUCUGCGGUUGUGAAAGUGCCUUCACCCCCAAGUGUCCCAGCUCCGCCACCUCUACCCAUCGGCUUGAAAUCAAGUUCAAGAAAACCUCUCACCAAGGCUUUCCACUGGGAUCCUGUUGGCUCAGACAAGAUGGCGAAAUCAUAUUGGUCGCAACAAAGCACCAGGAAGAUUGAAAUUGACACGUCACGUCUGUGCGAGCAAUUUGCUGCUAAAGAUCAGGGGACGUUUGAGGCGGCUGAGACGACUAAUACACAGCACAUCAUGCUGAACCAGAAGAUUGCACACAACUUCAACAUUUUCCUCAAAAGUUUUCCAGUGCAGCCGGGAGAGCUGAAGGACAAACUGUUUGUGGUUAAUGAGGAAGACGGAGGACUGUCUGAUGAGCACAUCACCUCUCUCAGGAGGUACGUCCCCACCAUGGAUGAUGUGGAAAUGUACAAAUCCCACAAGGGACCCGUGGCUGAGCUGCAUAUUGUGGACCAGUACAUGUUAGAGAUGUGUAACAUCCCCUACCUGAGCACACAACUGGACCUGCUGUUGACUCUGAGAGAGCUUCCGAUCAGCAUGAACGACCUGCAGCCUCUGAUUAACCAGAAGAUCAGAAUGUGCACGCAGUUGUACAACUGCAGGUCAUUUGUUUCCGUGCUGGAGUACAUCCUCGCCAUCGGCAAUUACCUCAACGAGAACGCCGGAAAGGGAAAGGCCAAGGGAUUCCGCCUGUCCUCCUUAACUAAACUGUCCCAGCUCCGUGGGAGGGACCGGAAGUUCACCUUGCUCCAUGCCCUCGUGGAGCAGAUCAUGCUGCAUGAACCACGCUUGGUGGCUGUUACCCAGGAGUUGGCAGAAUUUGAAACUGUCCCUGGAGCUUCCAUCAAAGGCCUGACCGCAGAAGUCGACGUCCUGAAGAACGAGCUGCAGAAAGUCAUUCAGUACAGAAAAACGUAUAAGAAGAAGAAUGUCGGCACUCAUCAUCCAAACUUCUUCAAAGACCUGAAGCUGGCAAUAGAGAAAUACAACGCGGAACUCACAGCGCUGACGAAGACGUGUGAGGAGAUGAAGAAACUCUACUCUGUCAUACUGGUUAAAUUUGGGCAACCAGCAGAUCAAGACUCCCAGGAGCUGUUUGGGCUGAUUUGCCAGUUCGUCCAUGACUUUAACAGGGCCCACGCUGAACUUCUAUGAGUUAUACUACACAGCCAGCAUAAAAUUCUAAAACUGGUCUGUCACAUCCCUUCAUGUCAGAGGUUUGGUUUGAUUUGUGUUUACUGAGACAAAUCAGCCAUGAAGGACUUGAAGCGCUCAAAUGCUAAAGUGCGCUGCUCAUACUCAGCUCUCCGCUAGCAGAGGAACAAAACAGACGGUUGAGAGGACAGCUGAGGAGAGCCCACUUUGGGCUUUCGAUUAUUUUCAACGUGCAGCUGUUAUUUGGUCGGGGACGAUUCCUCUCCGGACGCUGAUUCAGGACCACAUCUGCGCUGUGGCAAUGAAAUGAUCAUCAGCACAGAACUCUCUGAAUGGUUUGUCUUUGAGCUGGUUAGAAGCGAUUUCAUGCGCUUUUGUGCGGCUGACAUUUUAAUCAGAAAAAAAAAAUAUCACUGUGAACCCACGGUGGUAUAAUGAAAGAGACCUCUUGCUGAGCAGGAACAGUUGAACGUUGUCCUGCUCAGGCAAUUAAAAAACAAAUGAUUUUUAAUUAAAACUUUGUCUAUGCCAAAACUGAUUCAUUCAAAACUACUUUAUUAAAGGUCUUUCACAGAACUCAUCAUUAUUUCUGUUUUCCAGUUUUCAAAACUGCAGCUGGAUGAACUAUCAAGGCUGUUUUUUUUUUUUGUUUUGUUUUUUUUUGUUGUUUUGUUUUUUUAAGUGUCAUUAAAAAGAGACCUUACAUUGAGAAGGGGCACACACUGACUUCAAAUAAGACAGGCUUCCAUUUUCUCUCUAAAUUUAGAAUGAAUUUAACUUAAAAGAGACAGGUGUGUAUGAUAAUUGUGUAUUUUUUCUACUUGUUAUGUUGCAGUCUGUGUUGCUCCAGUUUGCUUUCUAUUUUUCCAGGCCCUUUGUCGUUAUGUGGGUUAAACCCCAGAGUGGGACAGACUCUACUGUUGUACACUAACUUUCAAUUUAUGAUUCUCCAAGUCAUACACUUUUCUGAAAUCCCAGUCAUCAGGACACUUUUCACUUUGGUGCUCCGGCAGAUCAGUGCCAGUGUGAAGGUGUUAUUCAUUAUAUUAACCGUGUUUGCAUUUUACAGUAUAUUUUCUAUCAGCUGAGCAUUUUUAAGAGAUCCUGUAGAGGUUCUGGUCACAUGAUCAAAGUGCCCUUCCUAGUAUUUGUGUACUGUACAGUGUGAAGGGUAGUUCUGACUAGUGAGGUUUUCGAUCGAUACCAGGACUUUAUGCUGUAAAAUCAAUUCUCAAAUCAAAAUAUCGAUACUUUUGAUACUUCAGUCAUUCGAGGUAAUGUAGGAACACAGUGGAAAGUAACUAAACUACUGAGUUGUGGCAACACAACAAACCUUGUGAAACACAAAGUUAAACCACAACACAGAAUACGAGGCAUUUAUGAUGAGAUGGAGACUUUCCAUUUUACAGUAGUUCUUAACAGUUAAAGAAUAAUUUAUUUUAAUGAUCUUAUUAUUCUACAUAUUUCUUUUUUUCAGUGUUUGAAAGAGCAUUUUCACAUAUUUUGUAUGAUUGUUUCCUUUUUCUGUUGUUGUUUUAGCUCAGCUACAUA